AUGCUCAAGUUUGUGGCACCGAAGGUGCUACAGAAGCAAAGGGAGUUUGCCGACCUCCGUUACAUGAUCUGGUGCUGCAUCAACCUGCGGCCGAUGCAGAUGCGGUACGACGACGGCUUCAAGCUCUUCGUGGGCGCUCUGUCACCCCAGUACGUCGACACCACGAUGGCCGCCACCACCUUCAACAAGUUGCUGGACACGCUGCACGACAGGAUGAAGCAGGCUGUCGUGGACGACUUGCGGUCGGUGCGCGAGGAGUGUCUGGGCAUGGGAUAUGGCGGAGCUUUCCUUGGUGCCCAGCUAGAUCUCACGACUGUGGCCGGCGAAGAGUACAUCACUUUCGCCGUGUCGUACGUCAAAAAGGGUGACACGGAUGUUAGUCGUGUGUCGCUUGCGACACGAGCGUUUCCGGGCAGCCACACUGCCGACGACAUCAAACCCUGGAUCGAAGCGCUCACGCUGGAGUACUUGACGGACUUGAUGGGGGGAUCGGUCGAGUCUCAGGACGUCUUCCUCGCGUUCACGGUGGAUCAAGGGAAAAACGUCGUGAACGCGUGUACGGCGUUGGGAGUCCCGGUCGUCGAGUGCAACUGCCACCGCGUCAACUCCGCGGUACUGUGGGCGCUUGGCAUUGCGGGUUCUGUGACGACUUGCAAGAACAAGCCGAUGAAGAAGCUGGCAGCGUUGGUCGGUGUCUUCAGCCACUCUGCUGUCAACAACGACAUGCUGAAGGAACUCCAGCGGCUGGAGGCGGAUCUUCACCGUAUCUACGAGACCAUCCGGCGAAACGACACUAGGUGGACCAGCCAGCAGAAGAUGAUGGGUCGCCUUCUGAUCUUGAAGAAGCCCAUCAGCGAGUACUUCCGGCGACUAGCCCAGCAGAACUCCCAGAACAAGCAGCUGAAGCGGAAGCUGACUGCACACGAGUGGACCGUCACCAACGAGGUGUGCAGUCUCCUGGAGACCGUCUCCGAGGUCACGAUCCGCAUGCAAGGCGCCACGGACACCCACCUCAGCCAGGCGACGUUCAUCAUCAACGAGGUGAUCGACAUGCUGACGACGGACUAUCACCCAAUCCGGGUGGAGUCCGCCAUCGUCACGCCGCCCCCACCGGCAGCGGGCAUCAUCCCAACUGAGGGGGAGGGGCAGAACGAGUCUUCGCUGGACGGCAUCUCCACGGCGGAGACCCAGGUGACAGACCUCACCCUAGAAGCGCAGGACGUGGUCCAGGUGCUACUGGAGGUGAUGGACGAGAAGGGAGUGGGGAAGGCGCUGCAGUGGGUGGAGCGAUUGUCCGUGCUGCUGGAUCCAAGGCGGAAAACGCUGGACGAUACACAUCUCAGAAACGGCUCCUCGGACCUCAAGACCCAAGCCGAAGCGGACUUGAAGGCGUUCAUCGGCAAGUUCGCGCAAGAGUCUGCUCCGUCCACGCCUGCGCCUGCGCCAGUGGUCAACGUCGACACCGCGGAACCUGCUCGCAAGAAGAAGAAGCCUACUUCGAGAUUGGAGCAACGGCGCGCUGCACGUUUGGCGGAGGCAGUGGCAGGCGGUGGUGGUGGCAGCGGCACCACCGAUCCUAAGGCUGCCGGCGCGGGCCGGCGCGUGCUGAUCGAGCGAGAGAUGCUGGUAUACUUAGCGGAGCAGCCUCAGGUCGACGUCGAUGACUUCAACCCUCUGGGAUUUUGGAACCGGCGGGGCACUGACAGCGUGUCCGCGGCGACUGGGAAGGUUUCGUCUCCGGCCGAGAUGCCGUACCUGGCGUUUAUCGCUCGGUUGCACCUCGGGAUCGAGGCCACCAGCUGCCAGGCCGAGCGCAAUUUUUCAGCGCUCGCUCACCUCAUCGGCGACCUUCGCUGCAACUACUUUCGCACAGGGUCGAGCGCACGAUGCUGGUCCGGCUCAACAAGCACCUGCUUGCUGAGGCGCAUGUAG